AUAUCCGAUAACCCAGUAGAUCCAGAAAAUAACCCGUUUCUUAUGAUGCAAUCGUUUUAGGUGUAUCAGCGAGUCCUGAAUUUUGGAAGAGAUGAUCAUCGUCGUUUUUUAUUUUUGAUUGUGUUUGGCGAUCUGAGCUGUGAAAGCGAGUCAAACAACGCUGAGUGAGUGAAUUUUGUGAUCUUUCUUGUGCGUACUGAGGUGGUGUAGAGCGUAGAGGGAAAUCUGUAGAGAGGAGGUUCAUUCCGGUUGGAGGUUGAUUCAGGUUUCGAUGAGAUUUUCUCCUCACCUUGGUCUGACUUCAGCGCUCCAAAACUCCCACUAAAGCCACGAUCGUAAUCCAUUUUAAGCGAUUCAAAUCUCUCUCACGAAAUCUUAGGGUUAGGGUUUUUUUUUUGUUUUUGCUUCUGCUGUUUGGCUCGAUUCCUCCAUAUGCAACAAACCUUUCAAGAUGCCUACCCUGCCAGGACUCGCUGCGGAAUCGCCAAUUGCAAUCCCAGUAUCGCGAACCCUUGACUCUAAUAUAUUAGAAGAAUCUGCUCCUCAUGGACAGUGGCUCUUCGAGUGCCAUGGAUUUUGGCACAAUGUGGCCCUGAUUGUACCCUCUCUAUUGUUUGUGCUCUACUUGGCUUUCCAGGCCAAGAAGAGCUUCGUGAAGCUAUCCAAUGGACGAUCAUAUAUAAUGAUUUCGUAUUAUGGGACCCUUUGGCUCAUUAGCUUGCUAAACCUUGCUUGGUGCUCCUUGCAGGGAUGGGAGUGCGGUUCUGGCAAUGAAGUGGCGUGGAAUAUCUUAUCUUUGCUUACAAAAUCUGGAAUGUUGUUCUUGGAAGUAAGCUUAGUUGUUUUUCUUCUUCAAGGAAAUUAUGCGAGUGGUUUUGAAACUUUGACAUGGAUAUUCAUUAUUUCGGGGCUCAUAGUUGGUUGUGACAUACUUCUGAAGGCAAUUUAUGUGUUUGGAUUUGGUGUCCCUUUGUUUGUCGACAGCAUAGAAAAUCCACAUCAUAAGUGGGGCUUGUGGGUUGUACACAGGCUAGUGUUAACUGCAGUUUACGGCUUCAUCUUGUUUCUUUAUCAUUCCAAGUGGAGGGAAAGGCUACCUGCAAGGCCCGCAUUUUACAAAUACAUCACCAUCAUGUUCACCUUGAAUGCCAUAGCUCUGCUUGCUUGUGCACUUACUGGGAGGGGAGCAAAUUUCGGAUUCUGGUUGUAUGGUGCCACAAUUGUUUGCUACCAUGCCUUCUACCUUCCUCUUAUAUAUGUAACAUUUCUGGCAGACUUUCUCCAGGAGGAAGGUUUGCACUUGGAGAAUGCAUAUUACUCGGAGAUGAAAGAUGCUGGUUUCUUUGAUGUUGACUGGGAUUGAUGAUAGCCCCUGCAUGACAGUAUAAUCUAGUUGUUACACUGUAAAUAAAAGUAAAAUGGCCUUAGAACUGAAAGUUCCCUUGAUUGAAGACAUUCUUCUUUCAGUUAUGUGGAUGUUUAUGUUUUUCUAGCACUUGCAAAGCUGAUGUUGUGGAAUUUCUCCAGGGGCUUGGUUUCCAAUUUGUGCGCUAAAAGUUGUGGUCGAAAUCUUGUUGGUUUGCUAUAUGUAGUUGAAACACCAAGGACUUCUGUAAUUAAAAUGAUUAGAAGUCAUUAAUAUAGUUGGAGCUUUAGGUUAC